AUGUCAUCUUACACUAAAGAAAACACAAUUUUUUUAUUUGACGUAGAUGGAACCCUAACUCCCUCACGAUGUAAAGCAACACCUGAAAUAAUAAAAAUGUUGAAAGAUUUAAGAAAAAAAGUUAGAGUUGGAUUUGUAGGUGGUUCUAACAUUGAAAAACAAAUAGAACAAGUAGGUGAUGAUUGCUUAUCACUUUUUGAUUAUGCAUUUCCGGAAAACGGUCUAAGUUUUUAUAAAAACGGAAAACUUGUUAAACAAGAAAGAAUUAUUGAUUACAUGAAGGAAGAUCUAUAUAAAAAAUUCGUAAACUUUUGUCUAAAAUACUUAAGUGAAAUAGAUAUCCCAAUUAAAAGAGGGACAUUUAUUGAAUAUAGGGAUUCAAUGAUAAAUAUAUCUCCAAUUGGGCGUAAUUGUUCGUCAGAAGAAAGAUUAGAAUUUUUUAAUUAUGAUAAAAAUGAAAAAGUAAGAGAAAAAAUGGUUGAAGCCCUAAAAAAAGAAUUUGAUUAUUAUGAUAUGGAUUUUGUGAUUGGAGGACAAAUUUCAAUUGACUGUUUUCCUAAGGGAUGGGAUAAAAGAUAUUGCUUAAAGCACAUUAAAAAUGAAGGAAUUGAGCAUGUUAUAUUUUUCGGUGAUAUGACACACCCAGGAGGAAAUGAUUAUGAAAUCUAUAAACAUGCUGAUGUAAAUGGAAUUACAGUAAAAUCUCCUGAUGAUACAUUAAAAAAAGUGGCUGCGGAAAAAAAAAAAAAUAAAAUAAAAUAA